UUCGUCUGUUAACCCUAAACUUUAUGCUUGGCUGCAAUGUUGUUUUGGCGGAAACUAGCGGGAAAAAUUGCCAUCCUUUGAAGGUUGAAACCUUUAAUUUGUAUAGAAGUAGAGAGAUUGAACUAAUCAGAUUCGAAAACAAAAGAAAUAUAUGGGGAGAAGAACAGGAGGCCGAAGUUUCAACGCUGGCAUUCUCCUCCGCCGUGUCGAAUCAUGCAAGAAGACUUACUCAACAACCAAACAACUCGUCGAUGAUCUCCGUUCAAAUUACCCCGAUUAUAGACGACUAAAGGAACACGAUUUCACUAAAUACGUAGAAAAAACUCUAGAUUCAUCUCGCCGAAACAUGAACAAACAUUCAACUUCAAACGGCGCUGUUUCGGCUUCAGCUUCACCGAAAAAGAAUCAAAGGAGAAGAAUUGACGGUGACGAAGAGAGACUACAGAGGUUGGAGAAUCAGCAUGUUAAACGAAGGAAAAUGAGUGAUACGACGUCGUCCGAGUCGAGUUCGGAGUCCGAUUCGGAGUCGGAUGAUGAGGAAGAAGAAGAAGAAGAUGGAGCGGUUUCGACUUCGGAAGAUGCUAUUUAUGGAGAGAAAGUUGAGCCGGAGUUUGAUUUAAUGAAGUCUAUGUUACGACAUACAUAUUCGAGUAAUUCGAAGUUGAAGAAUGAAGAGAAGAAUGUAGAGAUUGAAGAUAGUGAGAGGAAGGUUGAGUUAAUUAAUGGAAGUAAUAAAGUGUCAGAGGCUGAGAUGAAGAGAGAAGUGGGCUCAGGUUCGGGUAUUGGGGAUGUGAAGGGGAAGGAGGGGCCAAGGUUUAGGGACUUGGGAGGGAUGGAGAGUGUGCUGGAGGAGUUGAAGAUGGAGGUGAUUGUGCCAUUGUAUCAUCCACAGUUGCCGCGGUGGCUGGGAGUGAGACCAAUGGCAGGGAUUUUGUUGCACGGUCCACCUGGGUGUGGAAAGACCAAGUUGGCUCAUGCCAUUGCCAAUGAGACUGGUGUUCCUUUUUAUAAGAUUUCGGCUACUGAAGUUGUGUCCGGUGUAUCUGGUGCUUCUGAAGAAAACAUCCGAGAUCUUUUCUCUAAAGCAUACAGGACUGCACCGUCUAUUGUAUUUAUUGACGAGAUUGAUGCAAUUGCUUCUAAAAGAGAGAAUCUUCAGAGGGAGAUGGAGAGACGGAUUGUGACUCAACUAAUGACUUGCAUGGAUGAAUCUCAUAGACUUGUACAACCAAGCGAUGAGAAUUCUAACUCGGAUAACUCUGAUUCAAGACCUGGUUAUGUUCUUGUAAUUGGAGCUACUAACAGACCUGAUGCUGUUGAUCCUGCACUGAGGAGGCCUGGAAGAUUUGAUCGUGAGAUUGUUCUAGGUGUUCCAGAUGAGACUGCAAGGAUACAUAUUCUUUCUGUGCUUACCAAAAAUCUGAGAGUCGAGGGGUCUUUUGAUCUUGUCAAAAUAGCCAGGUCUACCCCAGGGUUUGUUGGAGCUGAUCUGGCAGCCCUUGCUAACAAGGCUGGAAACCUUGCCAUGAAAAGAAUCAUAGACCAAAGAAAGUCUGAGCUCUCUAAAGAUUCUAUAUCUGAGGAACAUACUGAUGAGUGGUGGAGGCAACCAUGGUUGCCUGAAGAGAUGGAUAGGCUUACAAUAACUAUGGCUGAUUUUGAGAUGACAGAGCCAAUUUCUUUUUGUCAUAUCCGUCAGGAAGCAGCUAAAAUGGUUCAACCCUCAUCAAGAAGAGAAGGAUUCUCUAGCAUUCCAAAUGUUAAAUGGGAAGAUGUGGGCGGGCUUGAUUUCUUACGACAUGAGUUUGACCGCUACAUAGUUAGGCGUGUAAAAUUUCCAGAGGAGUAUGAGGGAUUUGGGGUUGAUCUGGAGACAGGAUUUCUGCUUUAUGGGCCACCAGGCUGUGGUAAAACACUUAUUGCCAAGGCUGUUGCCAAUGAGGCAGGAGCCAAUUUCAUUCACAUCAAGGGCCCUGAGCUCCUAAAUAAAUAUGUUGGAGAAAGUGAGUUGGCAGUUCGUACAUUAUUCAGUCGUGCAAGAACUUGUUCACCAUGCGUACUUUUCUUUGAUGAGGUGGAUGCUCUGACAACAAAGCGUGGGAAAGAAGGGGGUUGGGUGGUUGAGCGACUUUUGAACCAGUUACUUAUAGAGUUAGAUGGAGCAGAGACGCGGCGGGGUGUUUUUGUCAUUGGUGCCACCAAUAGGCCUGAUGUGAUGGAUCGUGCAGUCUUAAGGCCUGGUAGGUUUGGUAAGCUUCUUUACGUCCCUCUGCCCACUCCGGAUGAGCGUGCAUUGAUCUUAAAAGCUCUUGCGAGGAAGAAGCCUAUAGAUGCCAGUGUGGAUUUGUCUGCCAUUGCACAUAUGAAGGCCUGUGAAAAUUUAAGUGGAGCUGAUCUUGCUGCACUGAUGAAUGAAGCUGCAAUGGCUGCUUUGGAAGAGAAAGUAAUGUUAAGCAAAAGCUCCUCAGAUCCAACUCCAUUCACAAUCAAGAUAACUCAUUUUGAACAAGCUCUAAGUAAAAUCACACCAUCUGUCUCCAACCAGCAAAAGCAGAGAUAUCAGGCUUUGUCGGAGAGCUUAAAAGCAGCAUGAAAAGAAAAUGUUAAUGACAGAUAUCUCAAGCUAGUUCCAGAUGCGCGAAUUCUUCUCGUUGACUGAAUUGCGCAACAAAGAAUCCAUCAAUGUUGCCAUGUUUCUAUAGUAUGUUUUGGUGUCGAGAAAGAAACUCGGACACUUCCAUCAUCAUGGGAAAAAUUUUUGUAGUGAUUUAGGUCCAAGAUUCAUGUUUUUUUUUGGCUUAUUUUGCACUUCUUUUUUGAUUGGAAACUUGGGAGUUUUUGAGUCCUUGGAAAAGCUUGGAUUGAUAGAAGAAGAGGUCAUGUAAUUAGCCAUUUACUAAGCUAUUGAAUACAAUAUAUUUUCAUCGAGUAA